GAGGGCCCUCGGCACCAGUCGCGGGAUUUUGGCGCGCUCUUUUUGUUGGCUGGGUGUUCUCGCCGGUGAUUGGUUCCGGGCUGUCGCGGCUGCCGGGUCGGCCUCGGCCGUGCAGAGGCGGCGCCGCUGUCGGCUGGCCUCCUGGGGGAUGGGCCACCAGGAAUCUCCACUGACCAGGGCAGCGGCGGGAGGUGCAGCUUACAUAAAGAGGUUACGUAAAGUGCUCAGCUGGCGCGAACUCGAGGACGGCCACGGGAACCUGGAAGCCGAGGCCUCCCCCGGGAGCGUUGCUGUCAUCACAGGAGCCGCGCCGCGGCCGGCUACACGUCCAACCCGGCUCGGCAUCUCGCGCCCUACUCGCCUCGGCAGACAGCUCCGGCUUGGAACGGACCAUCCUCCGGCGCGGGCUCCAGCGGGGAACCGGUCCGCCCGGAAGAGGAACAGCGCCGGCCAGAUCACAAUCCAAGGUCCCGCUCCUCCGCAUCUCGGGGCUAGACGGAGGGAUGAGGCAGGGGGGCCCCGGGCGGCGCCGUUGCUGCUCCCCCCGCCCCCCGCAGCCAUGGAAACGGGGAAAGAGAACGGAGCCCGCAGAGGGACAAAAAGCCCGGAGCGGAAAAGGCGAAGCCCAGUGCAGCGGGUGCUCUGCGAGAAGCUGAGGCCGGCGGCCCAGGCCAUGGAUCCGGCUAUGGCCGAGGCCCCGGGCGAGGGCUUCCUGGCCCGGCGGCGGCCGGAUGGCGGCGGCGGCGGCGUUGGCCCUGCGCGGCCGCGCUACAGCCUGUUGGCGGAGAUCGGGCGCGGCAGCUACGGCGUGGUUUAUGAGGCUGUGGCCGGGCGCAGUGGGGCCAGGGUGGCAGUCAAGAAGAUCCGCUGUGACGCUCCCGAGAACGUGGAGUUGGCGCUAGCAGAAUUCUGGGCCCUGACCAGCCUCAAGCGGCGCCACCAGAAUAUCGUGCAGUUUGAGGAGUGCGUCCUGCAGCGCAACGGGUUAGCCCAGCGCAUGAGUCACGGCAACAAGAACUCACAACUGUACCUGCGCCUGGUGGAGACCUCGCUCAAAGGUCGAUCCUUCAGGACCCAGAGUCUCAUCAUGUCUCGGACAGAUGGCAGAGAGUACAGGUGGUGGCGAUCUCCUGACAGCUGGACCUCCCACAAUGUGAAGCUUUGCUUGGGUUUCCCUCUACCCUUUUCUUUUUCCUUUAUUAUAAUAAUUUUUUUUUUUAAACAUUAAACCAUCAAGACUUCUGAAGAGCAGAAGGCUACACUCUGGACAGGCACCUUUUUAUUGUUUGAGGUUUUUGUUUGUUUUUAAGAACAUUGAAUGUGGGCAAAACUUACGCAUAUAUUCACUGUUAAUCCAUUAAUUUCUUAAGUUAGGGAGCAGUUUUGGUUUUCUCUUUUAUGUUGUGUUUUCUUACACAUCUCUCAGUUCUGCUUUAGCAUCCCACUCCCCAAAGAAAUUCUGUCUGCCCAGGGUUUUGGUAUUUCUCCUGGAAAGGGAUACGAAGAUAUCAGGAAGCAGCUCUGAGUUGCCGCCUACCAGCUGUGGGAGCUGCGGGAGUCCUUGGAUGGGCUGGUCCUGCCAGCCCUCAUGCCCAGAUGGGAUCAGAGAUGACGCCUCUCAGAAGAGGAACACCAGGGCUUGCCCAGAAGGACUGUAGAAAGAAGACUGAAACCAUGGGUUUUGGUUUUCUUUAAGUUCUUGGGAGCCCCAGGCCACACUAGGCCUCACUGUCAUGGAAUUGUUUCCCUCUUCUGCCCUUCCAACUGGGGUCCCUGAGGAAGGAGAUCAAGAGUGAUUCCCCCGUCACCCCACCCCCGCCCUACUUUCACAAGCCUGUCUUCUGUUAGGACUGUUGAGCUAAUGCCUAGUCAGACAUUGUCUUCCUUGGCCUCUCGUCACUAUAUAAGGCCAAUACCUUUCGUCCUCUGCCUCCUGGAUUGUCUUCCCAGUGUGUUACAAGUCCAGCCUGUCACAGAGACCACCUCGGCCCCACGAUCCCGUUUCAGUCCUUGCAGACCCUCAGCU